UCGGCGCCCAAAACGGGGCUGAAGUGGCCCCGCGUACAGUACGAAUACCAGGAGCACGCUGCCACGGCUGCUGCUUCACCGCCAGAAGUUGUUUUUUUAAGACAACAACAUGCGACUGGCCAACGCCUUCCGAUCAACUGCGCAAUUUUUUUUCCUUGUUGGCGCGUCUUUGGUGAACCGGUCGGUAUCUUGCGGCUUGGGCGUGGUCAUUGACAUCGAUGGAGCAGCCAAGUCCAUGCUCCUGUGUGUACUGGGCGGGACCCGAGUGCCGAGGAAAGGGGAAGAAGAGGCAUGGACAACUCAGCGUGUAUUCGUACCUCUCAGCCACGCCACAAUUAGCAGCAGCUUGUUUCAGAUGACUCCGCGUGUCUCCGGCCUCUUGUCGCAGACAUGUAGCGCAGAUUCAACCUGUAAUCGCACAAGGAUCGGUGAAGAUGGGAGGAGUGCACCCGGACUUAUUUUAUUUCUCUUGAACCCCGCCCCGCUGUCCAAGCGCCCGUUGGGGCAACCCCACCACCAUCAUCACUCCAAACACGGACGUGCGUGCCUGCCACCCUGACCACAUCCGGGAUUCCCCAAGUCCCAAAGUGAGGCAUCUCAUGAAGCAAAAAAAAAGUUCUAAACACUGGUUUUAAAUACUUAUGAUGACGUGAGAUUGUUGCCUUCGGGAACUCAAUUUUGCGUGAAUACAUCCAUGAUAUCGCUUGGCUGCGCCAUCUCGCCCUCUGCUACUCAUCCGCAUCUGGCAAUGCUAUUUGCAACGCCGUUGCUCAACAGAUCUCCUCGAUUACCUCUUUAA